AUGAAUGAUGAAAUUGUUCUCGAAAAGCGUCUCUGUUGGAAAUGCUAUUCAAACCAGCAUUCGAGUAAAGCGUGCACAAGAGACAACUGUCCACUUUGUAGCGAAUUACACCAGAAACAGCUCUGCCUCUCCAGUGAGGUCGCGAACGAUGUCAACGAAAGCUCAUGCGCGGUGACGCAACAAUAUAUCACCCCGCACAAUGAACAACACAAUCGGAGGCCCAGCGAAAGGCCUGCGAAAGUCAGGAACUCCGCGGAAUCGAACAGAUUGGUAUCUCCGCGGCAGAAAAACCACACUGCAUCUAAUAUUGACGAUCAAAACAAUUCAAGAAUUCAAAUCAACAGCGAGACUCAGAACCACGAUCAUGCCGAAGAAGUCCAAAUUACGGAAAAUCACACGACCGUAGAAAACAAUCUCACUCCACUUCAUAAAGAGCAAAGAAUUCUAAUGACUGCCGAAAGCAGCAUCUGGAAUUACAACACGGAACGAUUUGAGAGAGCUGUGUUUUUCUUCGACACCGUGGCGCAAAAGACGAUUAUUGAAGAAGAGUAUGCCAACAACUUGGAACUGCCAACGUUAAGAACCGAGAACUGCGUGAUGUCAGGAAUCGGUGGAAAGACGGAAGUGUUUGAAACUAACAUCGUGAACGUCAAAAUAGGUACUGCCUAUGGGAAAGAAAUAGACAUUCUGAUACAGACUAAGCCUAUUCUUACCAAAGGUUUUCCAGCAGUACGUCUAUGCACCAAAGAUCAGCAACUCUUGCAGAGUAGAAACAUUCUCGUGUGCAAUCCACACAUUAGGAACAGAAACCACAGAUUUUGGUCGGCUUAG